CUGACUAUAAAUACAAAAAGGUCUUCGAAACAGCAACCAUUUUCUUAAAUAUUCACUGUUUAAAAAGACCUUGGUCACAACCUUGAUAUUCUCAAAUUUCUGACGAUGAAGUGGUCCGUUGCUGUCGUUUUAUGUCUAGCUUUUGCUGUUGUUUUCGCCAUCACAGCCGAAGAGGGUAGAGAAAAAUUCAAGAAAGCCCACGAAAAAUGUCAAACUGAUCCGGCCACGGCCGCCGACGAGGAAGAGCUAAAAGCUUACAAAACGGAGCAUAAAGUAACCGAGGGAAUAAAAAUCCACGCCCUGUGUGUUUCGAAAACACUGGGCUGGCAGCAUCAGGACGGCAAGAUCAACAAGGAAUCCGUCAAGGAAAAAAUCGUGCUGUAUUUGGGUCAGACCCCUAAAUUGGACGAAAUCCACGCCGAAUGCGUUGUGGACAAAGAGAAUGAAAAGGAAACCGCCAUAAAUCUUUUCAAAUGUUAUUACAAAUAUUUCGCUCACAAGACUAGCAAACAGUAAGAAUGUAAAUGUGUCUGAAUAAAUAUAUAUUUUACUUAAU